GCCUUAAAGCAACGGAAUGGAGCGCUUUCGUUACCAAACUCUGGUUUGAAGUGCGCUUCAAGUGCGGCGGACCAGAGAGCAAACACCUGAAGCUCAGGGCAGACUAGUUUGACCAAAAUUGAAAGAGAAGGUUUCAUGGACGAAGAGUUCAACCCUUCAACUACUGGGUUUCUCCAUUUGGUCUCUGCUUUCCUCGCCAUGGAACCCACUGAUUGUUUAAUCUCCUUGGCAAGAGAAUGUGGUGGAGGGUCGAUUACAAUGGAAGUUCAGAGUUUCAUAUGGGAAGAAUGUAUAAAUAGAGCUGCUUGCAAUAUUAAUCGGCCGAGCGAUUUAUACAUAAAGAAUUUUCUAAAGAAGGUCAUCCUUGAUGUUGAAUCAAAUUGUUCUGAUGUGCUGGAUGGAUUAUAUGAACAAUAUGCGUAUUACUUGACAGCAUUAAAGGAUGAUAGUUCAAUGAACGUCAACAAAAGGGUAUGCAAAAGCAUUUCAUUUCUCUUCCCUGAUGAAGGUCCUAGCUGUCCAACAUCGAAAUUGAUAGUUCCACUGCGAUGUUCUCUUGACAUGCUCCAAGGAGAUACUGGAUGUUCCAUUUGGCCUUCAAGUCUUUUCUUGUCGGAGUUUAUACUUUCUCAUCUUGAGUUAUUCUCUAAUAAAUCUUGUUUUGAGGUUGGUUCGGGUGUUGGUUUAGUUGGUAUUGUUCUUGCCUAUGUGAAAGCCAAGAAGGUGGUACUAAGUGAUGGUGAUUUCUUAAGUUUAGCGAACAUGAAGCUUAAUUUGGAAAUGAACCAGUUGAUCACAGGAACAGAUAUGUCAAACAGGACAAUCCAAGACCCAAAUUUGAUUAAAUUUUCAGAUAGAGUGCAUACAUUUGCAAUGGGAAUCUGCAUCAGAAAGUCGACUUCGAGAUUUCAGACCAGACAUAGUGUGAGUUGUUCUAUUUAAGAACGUUGGAGACUACAGUGGUUUUUCAAUUAUGGUUACCCCCCCCCCCAAGGGGGUGGCUUGUAAACCAUAAGCAUUGUAUCAUGAUUGUUCAGUUAAUGGAGGUAUUCCUUUUGUUCCCCAAUUA